AUGAGGCCCCAGAAUGUCACUGAGUCGAAUCAUCGAAGGUUCCAAUUGGACCUUCAGGAUUACAAGGAUUCGAGAAACAAUAUCGCGAAGGUUGAAGAAGCAAUUAGAUCGUCGAUUGCUAUACACGUUCAACCGCUCGUCGAAAGGAAGAGACGAUUUGAAAUACUGAAGGCGUUGAAGCAGCAAUAUGAGCCGACGACGGAGGAAUUGGAAGAUAAGGCCCUGAAGCAAUAUGAAGCGGUUAUCAAGAGAUCUCCACGGCGAGGCAAAAUCAACGCAUGGAUUCAGGAAUUCGAACACGCUUACCUAGCGAUUAAACGACUCGAUAUGCCUGAGGGUCAGGAUCAUUAUAUACAGCGAGAGUUCCUAAGUUCGAUUGAAGCUGUGGAUACUGUAUACGCGAGUCAGCACUAUUCUAGAGUCAGAAAGACGUCAUUUAUUGACCUGCUAAGUGAUUUCCGAUCUCACCUUGCCAACAGCGGUAGGGACGAUCCAACGGCUUCAGGUCACCUGUACGCUACGCUCAACGGCCAGAGCGAUUCAACACCAAACCCGCAGGAAUCGCAGGAUUCUAGAAAGAGGGAACUUUUACUCUGUCAAUGUGGAGAACGUCAUCGGUAUAGGGACUGUCAUUACCUCUAUCCCAACACUCGACCAAAAGAUUGGAAGCCCGAUGAGAAAAUCGUGAAGAAUAUCAAGGAUUUUGCUGCUAGAUCUGGUCCACAAUCUCAACGGAUUAAAUCGAUCAUCGAAAAGAACUGGAAGGAAGCGGAAGAAUGA